UCCACUCUGGUUAAUGUUACUCCCAGAGCCUCCUUAAUUUGCUACUCACUUUGCAAUUCAUUUUCAUCCACAUUCAACAUCAGCUAUUAGUGUUAGUUGAUCCGCUGCCAAUGUGUUUCCAGUUUAUACACAUUUCAUUAAAACGCUCAUUUUUCCAAUACAUUUUUAUAUUUUGAUCAUUUUUACAAUUUUGUUAUUUUUCCAUUUUCGGAUUUCGCCAUCAUUACAAUGGUGCAAUUUCAUUUGUUCAGUCUCUUCAUUUUAACCGUUAGCCAGUCCACUUUCGGCCAGCAUUCAAACAAUUCAAGCUCUUCCGAUAAAUGUUAUGGAGCUCUUGGUUGCUUUGGAACGAGAGAUUUUAGUGAUUUGAAUGGACAACCAAUUACUUUCGCUCCUCAAAGUCCGGAAGAGAUCAACAUUACAUUUAAAUUGUUUACACCUGAAAAUCCUUACAGUUCAAUCGAUUUCAAAUAUAACCUCGAGCAAUUUCAGUUGAAUAAUUCACCGUUCGAUGCUCGGAAAAAGGUCAAAUUUAUAAUCCACGGAUUUACAAGUUCUUUCGAUGAAAUGGAUUGGAUGGGGAAAUUGAAAGAUCUAAUUCUCGAAGGCCAACCUAAUCAAUACAAUGUUUUUGGUGUCGAUUGGUCAAAUGGAGCUAAAACAAUCAACUAUUUUCAAGCUGUGGCCAAUACUCGCGUUGUUGGUGCUGCACUUGCUCAUUUUAUUAAAAAAUUGAAUCAAAUUUCGGGCCUGAAAUUUUCCAAUGUUCAUCUGAUUGGUCAUAGCUUGGGGGCUCAUGUAUCUGGUUAUGCAGGUGAAAGAAUUCAAAAUCCCAAGAUUGGCCGCAUCACUGGACUUGAUCCAGCAGGACCAAGUUUCUAUUCCAAUGAGUCAUCGCUCCGGCUAGAUCCAUCUGAUGCAAGCUAUGUCGAUGCGAUUCACACUGAUUAUGGAAAUCUCGUAGUUGAAGGACUUGGAAUUGAAGAUGCUUUAGGUGACAUUGAUUUUUAUCCAAAUGGUGGCUAUCGACAACCUGCUUGUGGUAAAACUAAAGGAUUAUUCAAUGUUCUCAAUCAAGGGGUGAUUAAAGGCAUCAGUGAAACAAUUUCAUGCAACCACCAGUUUGCUCCUCGACUGAUGCUCAUCAAUCCCGAACAGUUGACUGAAAAUUGUCAAUUUGUUGGCUAUCAAUGUUCGAAUUACGACGAUUAUGAAAAGGGAAAGUGUACAGAUUGUGGAACGGAUGGAAAGAAAUGUGCUGUUCUAUCAAUUUUUGGUGAAACUGAUCGUGGUUCAGGCCAAGCUUUUCAAGAACAAAAGCAAACCCGAUUCAGAGAUGCAGCCUUUAAAAAGUAUUACUACAAAACUGGUGCCCAAUCUCCAUAUUGCUUACAUCAUUAUGGAAUCGAGAUUCAUUUGGCCAACAAUUCAGAGUCAGGCACUGGAUCAUUUACUUUGGAUCUUGAAGGUUCUAAGAGGAAGGCUGAUGGAAUCAAAGUUAGCGAAACAUUUUCAAGCUUUAAACCUGGUCAAACUUAUACCUUUCUAGUAACUUAUGAAAAAAGUUUGGGUUCAUUAAGGAAAGCUGUCAUGAAAUGGACUUUCAAAGGCAUUGAUGUAUUGAAUCCCUUGAAACUCAUCUCUAGUCCUAAAAUGAUAAUCGAUCGACUGGCAAUAAAAUAUAUGAGCAACAUUGAUCCAAGACUUCGAGAAGAAGAGUCGUCAAUUCUGUGCCCAGAGCAAUCGGACACAGUCUCCAAUGGCAAACAAAUCAACUUCGUUCCCUGUCGUGGUGGCCAAGGCUCUGGAAACUCAAUUUCUAGGUUAAAUAAUGGACAAAAAAACCAGAGUCAACAUCAGGGAAAUAACGCAGGAACUUGGUCUAACAGCCAAAAGCGGCCUCAAUCAAAUGGUUACACUACUCCAGGUUAUUCAACUCCUCGAUAUCAAACAAGCACAAGCCACCCUAAUGGUGGAGAUCAUCGAAUCACUUCAAAUUAUUCCUCAUCAUCCAAUAAUCGUCGACCAAGUUAUUCAACUUCCCUCUAUCAAACAACACCAAGUUAUAAUGACUCAUCAAUCCGACCAAGUACAUCUCGCUAUCAACCAGUGGCCAACUAUCACACACCGUCCAGUUACCAUGCUUCUUUCAACCAACGGCCUUUUUCAUCCUCUUCACCCUCAUCACUGUAUUCACCACUGAACACAUGGAAUCGUAGACCGGCGAGUCCAUCACUUUGGACUCAAGAUGAACCACUCAGAUCCCGAUUUCGUCCUCACCGUGACCAAAUUCGACCAUUUUUUUAUUCUAGCUUGACAAAAAGCUCUUCAGAUCCACGAGUCAAACUUCAUUUGGGUGACAAUGUUGGUGAAAUUUACCGUAAUUUAGGAGAAAGUUCAUUCUUUACAUCAGAUUCAAGCAAGAUUUUGCCUUCAAGAACAAAUCAAAAGUUUGAAGAAAUGUUCAAAACCUCAACACCAAGUCUUUUCUUGUCUAGUGAUUUGCAUGUGGACGGAUCUGUUGAUUCAAUUGUCAUCGCUAGCAAUAGUCGAUCACCUGGAAGCUGGCGUGAUGUUCCUGAUCGUAGGUUUGGAGAGUUCCGGAAUAAAUCAGCACGAUUAGUAUCUAGACAAAGAUCUCAGACAAAUGGUAAAGUUUUAAACUUUGACGGAUCAACUGCAGAAUCAGAUGAAAUGCGACAAAAGUAAAAGGUUUUAAAUUUCCUAUUCCAUUUCUCCUUGACAUAAAAUGUUCCUUGAUUUAUAUAUUUUUAAAUAUUUCAUCUCUUUUGUAAGAUUAAAACCAAUUGCUUCUUCAA